UCGCUCUCCAAGUCGCUUUUUCAAUUUCUCAAUCUCUGUCUCUCUCUUUCUGACCCAAUUUCUUAAGCCAUGGCUAAACCUUCCCUUGUUCUUCUUCUUCUAGUAAUUUCCAUUCUCUACAUUUCCAGCACGGCCAAAUCCACAGCCACAACAACGAACUUCAUAAAAAACUCUUGCAGCGCAACCACAUAUCCCGAUGUCUGCGUUAAAUAUCUGUCUUCGUACGCCUCGGCAAUCCAACAGAGCCCUAAACAAUUGGCCCUCACAGCCUUGUCCGUGAGCGUGGACAAGGCACGAGCCACCAAGACGUUUGUGGUAAAGUUUGGGAAAAUGAAAGGGCUCAAAUCCAGGGAAUACAAAGCCAUCAGAGAUUGCGUGGAUGAGAUGGGUGAUAGCGUCGACCGCCUCAGCCAAUCCGUUCAGGAGCUCAAGAAAUUGGGCAGCAAAUCUAAGCGCGGGGACUUUUUGUGGCACAUGAGCAAUGUGCAAACCUGGGUUAGUGCUGCUUUAACUGAUGAGAAUACUUGCCUUGAUGGGUUCGCUGGGAAGGUCUUGGAUGGUAAAGUUAAAGCCUCUAUAAGACAAUUGGUUGUGAAUGUUGCUCAGGUUACAAGUAAUGCUCUCGCUUUGUGCAACAAAUUGGCCGCAAAGUAGUGAGUUAAACAAGGUUUUUGGAUCUUUGUUUUUGUUUUUGUGUGGUUUUGAAUUUAUACAUUUAGUUAGUGUUUCUCUCUUUUUCUCUGCCUCUGUGUCUGUCUCUCUCUCUCUAUACAUAUAAAUAUGUUUGUAAGGAAGAGAAAACUAAAUCCUGUUUGGUGUUGAAAUGCCUCUCUAUGAAAAAAGUUUGAAUUUUGCGA